AUGCGGACCUACCUCGAGCGCGUCGUGCUAUGCUACGCGGCCCUCUCUUCGUAUGGCAGCGCUUCCAAGAUAGAGCGCGAUGGAGGUGUGCACCCCAGGGCGGGUGUUUCGUCCUCCGUAUGCUCCCAGAUCAGCGCGGCGCUCUCGUCGGCAUCGGAUGUCUAUUACUCUGGCUCGACCAACUACUCGGCAGACAACUCCCACUUCUUCUCGUCCAGCGCGCUGGCCUCCGCAUGCACCGUCGAACCCGGGACUGCGUCCGACGUCGGUAAGAUCCUCCUGAUCCUCGGCGCGACGAACACGCCCUUUGCCGUCAAAGCCGGCGGGCACUCCACGAACCCCGACUUCUCCUCCACCCCCGGCGUGCUGCUCGCCACGCGCCGCUUCGCCACCGUGGCCUACCACGCCUCCACGUCCACCGCGGACGUCGGCGCGGGACUGGUGUGGGACGCCGUCUACGCGGCGCUGCAGCCGCACGGCGUCGGCGCGGGGUACUCGUGGCUGACGGGCCAGUAUGGGCUGGCGGUGGAUAACGUCGUCGGGUACGAGCUCGUUCUGCCGGACGGACGCGUGUUGGACGUCGCGGAGGAGUCGUACCCGGAUUUGAUGUUUGCGCUGAGGGGCGUCGUCACCCGCUUCACGCUGAAGACCUACCCGAUGGGUCAGAUCUGGGGCGGGGUGCUGACCUACGCGGCGGACACCUUCCCCCAGCUAGCCCAGGUCGUCGCCGACUUUUCGGCGAGCAAUACCGACCCGAAGGCGCAAAUUAUCACGACGUACUACUACGCCGAGGGCUCCGCGGCGGCCUCGCAAAUCCUGUUCUACGACGCCCCGACACCACCACCGGGGGUACUCGACGCGUUCCUGGCGCUCCCGUCUCUCGCGCGGGAGCUGGGCACGAUGGAUCUCCUGGAUUUUAUCCGGCUGCCGCCGUCGAACGGCACCGCCGACGUCAGGAAGUACUGGGGCCCCGCGCUGUCCGCGGCGUCGGGCGUCCUCGUGUCGUUCGCCGUGGAGCCCUUCCUGCCCUCGCUCUUCGCGCGCGGGAGCACGCGCACGGCCGCGUAUCCGCCCGCGCGCGCGCGCGCGCUCCUCCCGCUCAGCCUCUGCCGGUCGUGGACGGACGCCGCCGCCGACGCGCGCUUGUGGGCAGCGAUGAUGCAGAGCGCGGAUAACGUCAAGGCGAAGGCGGUGUCGCUCGGGCAGGACGUCAGGGAUGCGCCGCUGUACGGCAAUUAUGCGCUGUUCACCACGCCGGUGGAGGAUAUAUUCGGCCAGAGUCUCCCGAGGCUGAGGGGCGUCAAGGGGCGGUAUGAUCCUAGGGACGUGAUGGGUUUGGCUGGGGGCUGGAAGGUCCCGGUAUGAGCAGGAGGGUCGGUAUGUUCUGUUGGUCUUGUGGACAACUGUGCGCUUUCGGCAGCGUCCCUUGUGCAUAUCGCUUCGCUAUGUCGGACACUUGGACAUGGCGAAUUCGUCGUUACAAAAGCUGGCUGAUAUACAGCAUACAUUCAAAGCAUCUUUGGUUAUGCACUGAGUACAUCC